GCUCCAGCACUGCGUUCUAUGGGAGUCUUGCUGCAUACAACCUCGAACUCGGUGCGCUUCCUGGUCGUCUCUUCAACCUGCCUCACGCUGCUCAGAAUCCGGGAAAAAAUCUUCAAUCAUGACGACCUACACUGACAAAGGACCAAAGCCUGAAGCAGGCAAGUUCCUCAAUUUUGACCACAUACGCUUCUGGGUCGGCAACGCGAAGCAGGCGGCGAGCUACUACUGCGUACGGCUAGGUUUCGAGCCGUACGCCUACCGCGGGCUUGAGACAGGCUCGCGUACCGUCUGUUCACAUGCCGUCAAACAGAACAAGAUCGUGUACGUGUUCGAGAGCGCCCUCAUGCCCGACAACCAGGAGAUGGGCCAGCACCUCGUCAGGCAUGGCGACGGUGCCAAGGACGUCGCAUUUGCCGUCGAAGACCUCGACGCCAUCAUGAAGGUGGCAAAGCAGCGCGGUGGUCAAGUGGUGCGCGACAUCUGGGAGGAACAAGACGACUGCGGCAAACUUGCAACUUCAUACGAAAAUAUCUUGAAGACUUUAUUCAGCCCUGAGAUCGGACUGAACUUCAUCGACCACGUGGUGGGCAACCAGCCUGACCUGGAGAUGGAGAACGUAGCGAAGUGGUACGAGGACAACCUCGCGUUCCACAGGUUCUGGUCGGUAGACGACAAGCAAAUUCACACCGAGUACUCGGCAUUGCGCUCCAUAGUCGUGACUAACUGGGAGGAGACCAUCAAGAUGCCCAUCAACGAGCCGGCUCCUGGCAAGAGGAAGAGCCAGAUUCAGGAGUACGUGGACCACUACGGAGGAGCCGGAGUGCAGCAUAUCGCCAUGAACACCAACGACAUCAUCAGGGCUAUCUCCAACCUGCGCCAGCGUGGCAUGGAGUUCCUCUCCGUGCCCAAGGUCUACUACAAGACUCUGCGGGAGCAGCUCUCCAAGUCCCGCACUAAAGUGGCCGAGGACAUGGACAUGCUCGAGAAGCUCAACAUCCUCGUGGACUUUGACGAGGACGGCUACCUCCUACAGAUCUUUACCAAGAACAUGCAGGACCGACCAACUCUCUUCCUUGAAGUGAUCCAGCGUCACAAUCAUCAAGGCUUCGGAGCAGGCAACUUCAAGGCUCUAUUUGAAGCAAUUGAAAUCGAUCAAGCAGAACGUGGAAAUUUGUAAAUACCACAGAAGCGAAGAGAGAAGUUAAGCACAAAGAAUCUUAUUGGGAAAUGUAAUCCUCACCAAUAAGCUGCUAACAAUCAUCGGCACAUCUAGAAGUGGAGAGCGCAAUGGAAAAUGUACAGUACAAGUUGACCGGGCACGGAAUACCGAGUCAGCAAAAAUGCAUUUCAAAAUUACUCAUGAUAUGUAGUGAGUAAUUUUGUAACACCAUAUUGAAGCCUAUGUUGAUAGCCAUCGCUUAUUAUCCCUAUUAUGGUAAAUUAAGGUAAACGGAUGUGAAAUAAAUGUCUGAGACGCA